AUGGCUCCGAAGGCUGCUGUGGCACAGAAGAGGCUGCGAGCCCGCAAGACGAAGAGCCAGCUUUACAAAGCUCCUGGCGGGGCGGCGAAAAGAAUGGCGAAGCUCCGAUCGUCCAUCACCCCGGGAACCGUCUUGAUUCUCCUUUCCGGAGGACACCGUGGCAAGCGUGUGGUCUUUUUGAAGCAACUCUCCCCGUCUGGACUGUUGCUGGUCACCGGUCCCUUCAAGGUGAACGGUGUCCCGUUGCGCCGUGUCAACCAGCGUUACGUCAUUGCCACCAGCACCAAGGUCGAUAUCUCGGGUGUGAACCUCUCCAGCAUCAAGGACGAGCAGUUCGGCGCCUCCAAGAAGGCGAAAUUCGCGGAGCGCAAGGCGAGAAAGAAGCAGGAUGAGGGAAUGUUCGUGCAGCAGGCUGAUGGCAAGACCAAGCAGGCUCUGCCCGCAGAGAUGAAGCAGCUUCAGGACUCUGUCGACAAGGCACUGCUGGCUUCCCUUAGCAAGGACAAGUUGCUUACGCAAUACCUGAAGACCCGCUUCACUCUUCGUGACACCAUGCGUCCCCAUGAGAUGAAAUUCUAA